AUGAAAUCAAAUGUGGUCUAUGUAUUAGACCCACUGCCAUGUAACCGCGACCUAGAGAUUAAGGCCCCAUUGAGUGUGGCAUUUCGGUCAACAACAAAUUUGAAAGGACAAAGAGCUAAAAAUUUGUUAAAAUGGAGGGAAAUUAAGUGUCCUACAGAACCCGGUAGUGUGGAGUGCGGAUAUUAUGUCUUGCGAUUUAUGUUUGAGAUAUGCACUCAAUACUAUGAGUAUGAAGAUUUAGCAUCGGCAUUUGCGGGGUCAAAGUCCUACACGGAGAAUCAAAUCCAUGAAAUUCGUGAAAUUUAG